CUUAGCAUUUGAGAGGAUUUCUGAGUUUGCACUAAACCACUAUGCACAAUGGGAAACAGACUUGGCACUUCAGUUUGUACAGUGUGUGCCUCAAUCAGACGGCACAUCACUUUCAUUUGCAGAGGAGAUACAGAAUUCACAUGGAAACACCGCUGCUGUUAAUUUUGCUCUGUGUAGCUGUGACAGUUACUCAUUGUAGCCUUAUCGACUUCGGUAUAAUGAUACACAAGGUGGUGCAAAGAUCACCCCUAAAUUACGUCCUUUAUGGGUGUCAUUGUGGAUAUGGAGGAAGGGGACAACCAAUGGACAACAUUGAUUGGUGCUGCCACAAACAUGAUUGCUGUUUCGAUUAUAUGGUGUCAAUUGGCUGUAAACCAAUGAAUGAACCCUACAAAUUUACAUACAUAGAUGGGAACCUGACCUGCGAUUCCCUACAGAAUAACUUAUGUGCGCAGGAAACCUGCGAAUGUGACCGUGAGGCAACUCUCUGCUUCAAAGACCACAAUGACAAAUACUCACAGACAUACAGAGGAUACAAGAAGAGAUGGUGCACAGGACAGUUACCUCCUUGUUAAUGCCGGAGUCACAACUACGUGGAUCGUUUAAACUUUUUUUUAUGAACAGACAACUUUAUAGCAAAUCUGCACAUUUUCCACAGAAAACCUAAUUUUUCAGUGAACCAGAGGAUUCUGGGUAAGGGUCACAAUGCCUCACCUUGUAUCUUCCAAUGUCUGUUUUAAACACAGACUGAAGAAUAGUAAAUGCAGCACAAUAAAUCAAAUUACCCAGAAUCCUCCUGUGGAAUUACUGAUAGCUGAGGUUUUCUAUGAACAAAUGUACAGAUGUGCUAUACAAUGAUCUGUUUUGUAUUACAGUAUUCAGUGAAGUUAUAUUUUUCUAAUUCAUCAUUUUAUCAUUCUCACAUUUCAGAUCUGUCAAAUGUUGUAGAUACCCAGACCCGUUUCAUUUCAAUAAUUUGCUAUAUGCACCAUAGAAUAAAAAAGCAUUAUUUCACAACUAGUUAAAAUUACAAAUCACAAAUUAUGCAAUAAAUAUCCUAACAAAAAAAUGUAAUAAAUUAACAUCCUAGAAACAACUGAGGAAGUGGGUAGUUAAAGUUUGUUGUAUGAGAUCAAUCUUAAACUGAUUUAACAAAUAUUUUAAACAUAAAAAGAAACAAAUUGUGUAAAAAACCGCCAAAACAAACAAACCAGCAAACAACUUAGUAUUUUCUUACAAAAUGAUAAAUUGAGAGAAUUUUUUAGUGUAGCUAUUGCCCUCAGGAAGAUAAUUGAAGUUAAUAACUUAAAAUGCAGUCUGCCUCUACUGAGCAUGGGCAAAACUGACUUCCUGUUUCGCUAGUAUUCAUUGACUAGUAAAGCAGCUCAAGUUUCUCUAGAAUAUUUGACAUCUUACUAGAUAUGCCUUCCUGUAGAGGCCCAAGCCCCCCUCGAACCCUGCACAAUUGAUGUUAAAAUAAAUAAAAUCCAUUUAGAAUCAUGAAUAAUAUAUUGCAAUGAUUUCUAUUAAAGGGAUACUGAACCCAAA